UAAGAAAAUAAAGUGAAAAUCUGGCAUCGUGCACAACGAGAUCAAAAUUCAUGAUAGCGUCUUGCAAUGCGAAACAGAGAUAAAUAAUCUUGAUUUUGUCACGAACUCAGCGGAGGGUAGAACCCAGAUGCGGGAAGCUGAGAGGUAAGUGUGGCUUUUAGGAAGGUUUAUUGCCAGGCAGUGGUCGCAUAGGGGAAGGCAGUCCAACAGUACGAAAACCACUAGGAAAAAAAGGUCCUGGUCCCAAAAACAUUAAAUGUCAAAAAUCGGACAUGGCAAAACGUGAAAACGUAACUUGACUUCAUAUGGCUCAAUAAAGCUAUGACAUGGGACGAGGCAGUUCCACUAGCUGACGCUCAUGAACACACAUGCAUAUCCAGGGAGUCCUUGGGUUGAAAUGGUCUCGACAUUAAACAUUUCAACUCUACAACGCUCGUGUCUCGUCCGCCAUUUUGUCCUCAGCACCAUAGCGUUUCUGCUUAGCUCAUGCAUAUUGCUUCUCUGUGUUUUUGCGCAUAGAAUAUAUUUUGCCUUUUCGCACAGCUUUUUAACAAUAUGUCCCAAAAGAAGAAAGCUGCUUUUUUUUUAAGCAAUGCCAGUCCAUCUGGAAAAAAAGUAAGCAAUUACCAUGGACACAAAGAUAAACAUCUUUAAAGCUCAAAUGUCAUAAAAUGGAUGAUUUUUGGUAUAUUAUUAAUGAAAAACCCACAGCCAAUAUGGUCCCAUGUGUUUUUUUUCACCAGAAAACAUGAUUUUGACACAUCCAGCUUUUUGUAAUUCCCGCCAUGAAAAUUUUCUCAGGGAUUUGUUGUCGAGAAGAAGCAGGAAGUGACGUAAAGGCCAGUAGCGCCUCCUUGUGGACUCCGGGAAGGUAGCUCGUUGUUCCUUCGUGUUAGACAAAAUGCCGUCUCAUUGCAUUGCUGGACAUUGCUUGAACACUCGGGAUAACGGAUUUACCCUUCAUAAGUUUGCAAGAGACCCUGUUCGUUGUGAACAAUGGAUUGCACAGGUGCAGAGGACGAGAGCUUCGUGGGUUCCAAAUAAGAUAUUGGUAUGUAUACAGCUACUAAAAAAAUUGUUUGGGGCAGACCACGUAAUCGGUCUCUCUCAUAACGUAGCAAAAGAUCCGCGUAUGAAAUGUGACGAUGUGCGCAUCGCCCACCCAACAAUGUCUCACUCAGCCUGCAACAUAGCUCGGCUCCACCCCCUUCUUAUAUAGCACGGCGUGCCGAAACUCAGCCACACCGGCAGAGGCGCCGCAUUCGGUGGUCACAUCUUCCGCGAAGGCUUCGCGUCGGGGGCGGCUCUGAAGAACCCAGCUUAGAAUGAGUUACUCAGUCGCAUGCGCAUAAAGCGCCCCAGCUCGACUGUGAGCACCCCCCUAAAGCAGCACCGCUCGGCUCUGUCAUAAGCCACACCGGCCGGCUGCGAUAAGCCACGAUGGGUCAUCUCCGCCGUGGAAGUGGAUCGGACGGGAUGCGGUUUGGCCAUGAUGGCAUAUCAUCUGAAUAUGGCUCGAAACAAUAGUGUAAUAUUGCCCUGAGGGCUCAAAACAAUUGUCUAAUAUUGCCCCAGUAACUUCACUCGGUUGUGUGGUGUUGUCCUUUUCGAAAAGAGCUUCCAUGUCAGAAGGGGCGUCGGAAAAAUGCGAAUAUCUCUGUUGUUCGGCUUCCAUAGUAGCAUGCACUGCGCGUUUUCAACAGCCGAAGUGACGAUGACGUCAAAGACAGAGGACGCGACUAAUAUGGCGACCACUUGGAUGUCGAGGGACACUCCAUUGCGCAACACUGACGAACAUCGCACAGAAAGUGUUGUGAUCGUCAUGUGAAAAUGUUUGAAAGAAUGACAGGAGAGCACGAGGCAGAAGUUCGUGGACAAAAAAAGGAGGAGGACCCACAACAUCAACUUCUGGACGCUGUGUUCAAUCUGUAGCGUCGAAUUGUCCUACGCACAGCAGGAGCGAAACUACCCAGGAGCAUAUCCAAACGAGGAAACAAAGUGAUUGGCUGGCAACCAGUUCAGGAUGUAACCCGCCUCCUGCCCAUUGACGGCUGGGAUCGGUUCCAGCAAGCCCCGUGACCAUCGUGAAAAUAAGCAGCUAAGAAGAUCACAAAGUCUUGAUCGUCGUGUGAAAAUGUGUGCAAGAAAUAUAGCAGAGUAUGAGGAGGAACUUUGUGGACUUAAAGACAAGAAGGAGACACAACUACCUGAUGCUGUGUUCACUCUGCAGCCUCAAAUUCUGCAAUACAAAGCAGAUCUCAUGGAAGAUCUUGUGUGGCCGGAACCAGAGGUUCCCCACAUCAAAGAGGAACAGGAGGAGGAAGAGUUCCCCUACAUUAAAGACGAGGAGCCGCAACUCUCUUACGUGAAAGAAGAAGAGGACGACGAAUACACCUACAUUAAACAAGAAAAGGAGGAGAAGGAGGAUAUAGCCAAGUUUCCAUUGAAUGGUGUCCAUUUGGACCGUGAAGAUGAAAGUCAAGAGAACGGAGGAAUGAAGCCUCCAAGUAACAGCUCAAGUCAACGUAUGAAAAGAGAGAGUGAAGGAGAAGUCCAGUGUGGAGAAUCACAGAUAGAUGGGCUCUUUGCGCCACUUUCAGACAGUGACGACACAUCACACUCUUUUGAUGACGACGAACAGUCUGGAGUUGAGAUGACUUGUCACCCUGACAAAAAACGAUGGAAAUGUUAUCAGUGUGGGAAAACUUUGCGUGACAAGAAGAAUUUGAAACAACACAUGAGAAUACACACUGGUGAGAAACCUUUUGCUUGUUCAGUUUGUGGACAAAAAUUCACACGGAAUGGACACUUAAAGAGACACAAAAUAACACACACUGGUGAGAAACCUUUUGCUUGUUCAGUUUGUCGUAAAAAAUUCUCCGAAAAAGGAAAUUUAAUCAAGCACACGAUAAUACACACUCGAGAGAAGCCUUUUGCCUGUUUAGUUUGUAACCAAAGAUUCUCAAAGAAGGGAAACCUAAAAACUCACACAAGAACUCACACUGUGGAGAAACCAUUUGUGUGCUCAGUUGGUGGUAAAAGAUUCUCUGAGAAGGAAGGCUUGAAAAGACACACAAGAACCCACACUGGUAACACACGAAGGCACACUGGUGAGAAACACUUUUGCUGCUCUGUUUGCGGUCAAAGAUUCACUCAAAAGGGAAGCUUAACAAUGCACACAAGAACCCACACAGGUGAUAAACCUUUUGCUUGCACAAUUUGUAGUCAAAGAUUUACUGUGAAAGGAAGCCUAAAAAGACACAUGGCAACACACAACGGUGAGAAACCUUUUUUUUGCUUCAUUUGUCCCCAAAGAUUCACUCAGAAGGGACACUUAGAAGUACACACACGAACCCACACUGGUGAUAAACCUUUUCCCUGCUCUGUUUGCGACCAAAGAUUCGCUCAGAAAGGACACUUGAAAAGACACACCAGAACGCACACCGGAGAGAAACCUUUUGUUUGCUCAGUUUGUGGUCAAAGAUUCUCGGUGAAGGGAAGCUUAAACAGGCACACAAGAACACACAAUGGAAAGAAAUCUAUGCCUGUGCCAGUUGUGGACAAAGAUUAUCUUCUCAGAAUGGGGAUAAGACACGCAACUGUGCUGGUGAGAAUCGCUGUGAGAAAGAAGACUUUAAAUUAGGUCUGGGGUGCUCAGUGCGUCAAUAGAUACUUUUCACGUGACGUCAUGAGUCACAUGACUUUUGUUUACCAUGCCCACUGGAUGCCAAAACUACAAUACAACCCAUGUGCUUUUGUGAUCUUUUUGUGAAUAUUGACUUGCAUGUAAGCGUCUUACAGCCUUUUCAUCAUAUAUUUCAUUGUGUGGCUUAUGGUUGUAAGAACACACAGAAAAAGGGGUCUGGCGCUUCAGGCAUUGUAUAUCUUUUGCUGGACAUUCAGCUAAUUUACUGUGGUAUCCUCCACACUUGUUUCACAUCUUUACGGAGGUCAUUGGGAUGUCAAUAUGCCUACUACCACCUGAAGUGAAAUUUUGCUUUCCAUGUUUGCGGUGGAUAACGUGAACCUCGUGGCUGUCGCUAGCCAUAGCCUUUAGCUGCACUUUUGAUAACUUGCGGUAGCUGGCUCUGUCGAUUGCUUUUUUCGAGCAUGCCCGCUCUGGCCCCUGGCUGAUUAACUUUUCAUGCACACAAGGUUAGUUGGUACCAAAAAGUAUGCAGUCUCUGACCAUCUCAUUGCUGUUUAUGUAGUUAUAGUCUUUAAGCAACAGCUUGAGUUCUGUCAUAAAGUGCUCAAAUGACUCAGAGUUACCUUGGACCUUCUCAUGAAACUUAUAUUUAGCAAAUAUGGGGUAUGCUUUCGGAGUGAGGUAAUCAGAGAAUUUUUCGGAAUAAGUUUUUAGCAACUUAUCUUCGUCUCCGGUCAGUGUCCAAGUAUAGACUGUUUUCGACUGACGUCACACACCUUCUGAUUUAGAACGCGGGCGCCUUCUUGGUUUGGUGAAUUCAAGUAAACAAACAGUAAAUAUGCAGGAAUAAUUUCAGAAAGGCGUACGAAUAAGAGUGCACUGGUAUGUUAUCAGUUGCUCAAACGAAAGUCGGCAUUGUAAAACUGUGAUCAAGAACCAGUGUGAGAAAAUGGAGCAGUUAGCAACCAAAUGGUGACAACUGUGGCUGUCUCGUAUUAGCAGACCCGAUCUAGCAGCAAAGUCAUUCCCUUACGUCCGAGUUUGCUCUGAGAAUUUUGUUCUUGGUAAGAGUUGGAUACCUUUUACAAUUUCGCACCUACUUAACAAUAACUAAGUUCUGUGAAGGAGCAGUAUUCUUUUGGGCCAAGGGCCUACAUAAAACCCGUGUGUGAAUGCAAUGCAUGUCUCCAAAAUCUGUAUUUUCCGUUUUAUUAUAAUAACUUUACAAAAACGAGUUACCGCACUGCGAUUUGUUUCGUGAGUUGAGUUAAAAAUGUAGCUGUGGUAGUAGAGAAAAAGGUGCGGGCUACACUUGGUACCUCUCUUUCUCUCUCUCUCGGUAACAAAAACGGAAAUAAUAAUCUACACCUCUGUUGUUGCUGACUGUACAUAUUUGAAUUGCAUUGUGCACUACAUUAACCAUAGCAGUGUGGAGACACAGGUUGCUUACAAUGGGUAUCGCUGCAUGACGAACCCAGCCAUUGAUGAAUUGGUUGUAGGCCUCCAGACCUUUGUAAUUCUUUAGUUGGUACACGGUACAAGCGCUUGUCAAGAAGAGAAGAUAGUGCAAGAUGUCUGGAUAGGUUACCAACCCCCACAGUUGUGUGCUCCAUUUGUGUUUCUCCAAGGCAUUUGGGUCGAUAUUGUCGAUCAAAGCACACUUAUUGUCGUAACGGUUUCUUGAAACAACAGCUCAUGAGCCCCGAUAACUUUACAAAGUCUUUUUAGCCAUCAUGCGUCACAUUUGUGUAAUUCCAGUCUACAUGCAAAAGCAUUAGAGUGAAUGGCACGUCAGUAAAGUGAACCCAUCCAACACGGCCAGGUGCCCCGGAUGUAGUCACGUGGUCGAAAACAGUUUAUUCGCAUCUGGUAAAUUGGAUGAGAUGUACACUGAACGCCUCAUUGUGGUCUUCGUUUAAUUUUUUUUUUUUUUUCCCGUGAGUUUUUCUUUUUCUUUCCCAUGAGUUUGCAGUUAUACUUCUGUCACUCUGACACCAUGUUAUGAUCUUUCUGUCAUGUUAUUGAAUAACCUGGACGUCAGUCCAGCUGUACUUUUUAACGUCUGUGAACAACACCGUCGAGCUGGGGCGCUUUACUGCGUUGUCAUCGCACGCGGGUGAGUGAGGCAUUGUCGGGAGCGUUCUUCAGAGUCGCUGCCAUCUGCGAGCCCGACGCGCAGCCUUCGCUGGUGAAGCGACGCAGCAGCCAUCGCCGGCGAGCCCGACGCCGUCCGACACACACAUCGACACAUUUAGCACGCCUUUCAUACGUACGCGGAUCUUUUGUUACGUUAUGAGAGACCAAUUAUGUGGUCCGCCCCAAACUAUUAUUUUUUUUAGUAGCUGUAUACACUGAUGAAAAUUAGAUCUUGGGGCAAAAAAAAUUUGGGCACCCCUGGUUUAGGUAAUAAUACAUUUAUUUGACAAGUUUUCGUUUACAGGCAAAGGGAAGGCCAUGUUUUUUUUGUUUUUUAAGCCUAUGCUGAUUUUAACCCACCAACCCAACCCCACCUCCUAAAAAAAAAUCCUUCAAAACAAUAAAUAACUACAGAUUGAAUUUUCAUUAGUAUUGAAAAACAAAAUAGUCUUUAAUCAUAAACCAUUCUGUACAACCAUUUCCCUGAAGUUUAACACAAAAAUUUGAUUUAUGCAAUUUCUUUCCAUCAUUUUUUUUCCUUUUCCUUAAAGUUUUUAACGUAAGUGAACCACACAUUUUCUAUUUUUUGUAUUGUUGUAAAUGUAUUAGUAAACUUGCUUGUAAAAAAUGCUUUAAUUUUUUUUUAUAUGUAGGAAUUACCUUUUCAUUUUUUGGGUGGGGGAGUAACAGUUUGAAAAGAAUUUGUUCUCUAUAAUACCUUUUAUCGAGACCAUAUCAAUAUCAAAGUUGUGCAUUUUAUUUUGAAGUGUUUUGCAUUAUGUAGUUUCUUUCUUAGCAUUAAUCAACAGGAUGCUUAUUUUUUCGGUGACUACUAAUAUGGACAGUUAUUAAAUUUGUUAGCUACAUCUAAAAACUUUUACUUUUAUAAUAUAUUCUGAGGUUUUUUUUUUUUUUUUGGGGGGGGGGGGGGCAUUUUUUUUUAUAGUAUUUUAAUACUCUCUAGAUUGUGUAUUGCUUGUAUUGCUCCAGUAGUGUGCUAUAGAAUAUUCUUUACUCUUAUAAUAUUGGGUCAUUUAAUUGGGUAAAGUUUUGUCCUUCAUUUGUAUUCAUAUGUUGUAUUCAUUCAUAUGUUGUCCUUUAUAUUUUGUGUACUUUUUCCUUUGCAUGAAUAUUUUCUGUGAUUUUUUUUUUUUUUUUUUUAUGCGCAGUGUAUCUCGUAUGAUAUUACUGCUGACAGAAAUACAUUAUGCUUAGCUCAGAUAAUGGAAUUUUAGCCCCGAUAUUGGUCCGGUUUAGUAACUGUGGGCCAUUUCUAUAGGCUGAAAUACGGCAAAUAUUGUAUUUACCACGUCAACAUAUUUCUCACUAAAUAUAGAGCUUGUGCACCUACGUCAUAAAAUCACGUGACAUGCCAUACUGCCAGUCAAACAAAGCAUUGUUGCAAAUUAAUCCCGUUGAAACAAAAGGGUUAGGGUUAGGGUCUUAUAGCAAAACAUCCAGCGUUUUGUCCGAUAGCGUUAGACAUUUAAAAGGUGCUAAUAAACAAAGGUACGUGGGAAAAUGAGACACUUGGCACAGAGGAUCCAUAUUUAAUGCUGAAGUCAACGUUUUCGCCGAUAAGAAGUUGGACUGUUAAUUCGCUCCCGCUUGUCUUAGACAACUGUAUAUACACAUCUAUCUGGUGAGUCAGUUGUCGAGAUUUACACAGAAAAGUUUGAGAGCGUCAAAAAGUCUGGACGCAUACAAAUACCUUGUUGCUGGAUCUGUUCUCAACAGGGAGACGGCUCGUGAAUGUGGAAGUGUGUUCGGCUGCAUGUUAAUCUCUGCCAAAAUCCAUCGAUCUUUUCAGAUAGUAUUCAAUACAAAUACUAAUAUUUAAAUAAAUGACCCCUGGUUUUACACAAACUCGCAUUCAUUAACUAUAAUGGGGGGGGCAGAGUCGUCUCUACAGAACGUACACGGAAGCAAUUGCGGCCACACUUAACCUCUGUAAACCACUGUGACAGUUUUUCUUUUUAAUACACAUUGUUAUCAAAUGAGCCAAUUUGGCAUUAUAAAUACUUCUUGGGAAUUUGAGAUUGAGAAGAAUAAUUCCUACCUGAAAUGAAGAGAUCGUUACACAGGCGUGUGCGUACUUUGGUUGGGCACCAUCAAUCACAUUUAAUUGACCCCUCCGUACAGGGCACUUAACCACGCCUCCUGAAGUGACGUCACGCCACGUGCGCUAACGUCCGACAAACAAUUAGCAAAAAUGGCAGCGCAGCAAUAAAAGAAUAGAGCGAAAGUGUCCGAUUUACCGUCUGAUUUCUCACUCGCAUUCUUAGCUAACAGUGAAAUAUCGUUGAAAAGCAGACAGCAGGGCUUCAAGUAUUUCAGCGAGGGGUAUUUCAAUGGUAUUUACAUGCAUAUCGACGGAAAAACCAUUGAUAUUAGCACAAGAUCUUUCCGGAGUCAGAGGAAGACCGAGAAGCCACAUAAUAUAUUAUAACCCAAAGACGAAUUUUUCGUGUUACAUAUCACACUUGGGUGCAGAAUCUGUAUGUGUAUCUGUAUAGCCGUUUGUGAAUCGCCGUAUGAAGGAAAAAAAGAAGGCGAGGCUUGAUUUACGAGUUGUUUCUCUCGUUUUCUUUGUGUAACGUCACGCGCUCCCCUCAAUAAUUACUCUUGAAUUAGUGCCGAACCUACGUAAGUCCCGACCGAGUACGACUAUCACUACUUUAUAGUGUCCUCAAACAUCCUUCCGUCAGUCUUGGUGUCUCGGUGCACGUCAAAAGCUUUUAGGACUGCUAGUCCGGUUUAGCUUAGCUCACCGCCAACAAAGAGACACGUUUGUGCAGUCAGAUCAUCGCAAAGUAUCGCUCAACACAGAUCAAGUGUGUCAAUCAUUCACACGUAGCUAUGUUAUGCAAGCUAAGAACUGCUAAUUUAUAUGAGACAUGUAUUGAAAAUCAAAUAUAGGGCUUACCUUCGUGCAAACAUAUCUGUUCCGGUUCAUGGAUUCAGUUGAUCAUGUGGUCUUCCACAAAGUUUGAUCCAUCGAAGACAUUUUUUGUACUCGGUCUUCUGUUCCGGUUCAUUUUAGAUGGAUUCAGUUGAUGAUACUGUCUUCCACAAAGUUUGAUCCAUCGAAGACAUUUUUCAUACUGGGUCUUCGGUUUUGGAAAGGGUACGAAUUGAACUCCACCAACUAGCCUUUCAGGAUACCUGUCGUCACUGUUAUAAAGUCCGUGACUACACCUCUUAACCAUAUCUAUUGUUAAAGAACCCAAAUACGCGAUAAAACGCUAACGAAAGCUAUACUGGACCAUGCAACGUUGUCUGAGGGAACGGUGAGUGCAAAAAAAAAGGGGGCGUGGUUUAUGCAGAUCUCUGACCUCUGAUUGGUCAGCGACGCGGAUGACGCAAUUUCUUGGAGGGGUCAAUUGCUGAAAUCCAUCGAGCUUUUCAUCUGAUGUGUGUGUUUCUUUCGGCUUGUCCCUUUCGGGGUCGCCACAGCGUAUCAUCUCAGAUGGACGCAUAUAUACGUUUGGCACAAUUUUUACGCCGGAUGCCCUUCCUGACGCAACCCUUCUCAGGGAGUGGAGGCCCCAGUGGGAUAUGAACCCACAACCCCUGGUUUACCAAACCAGUGCUCUAACCACUGAGCUACGGGGCCUCUCGAGCUUUUCAUCUGAUAUGCUAGAGAAUUAUCUUGUUCAAUAUGUGUCGUCUGUUGUAACAGCCAAAAGCACAACAGGUUUUGGGUAUUGUAAAUAUUCUCUUCCGGUUCAAUGUCUCACACAAUGUCGAGUAGCUGUUUGACCGGCAAUAUGACGUGGUUGAAAAUGGUGACGUCACAUGCAUGAGCUCUAUAGCUAUCAUUGUAAUUUAGUGUUUCUUACAAAAAAGAAAGAAAGGUGUGUUCAAUACUUUCCUUGUCAUUUUAAAUUAAAUAGAGUAAAGAUUCUGAUUAAUUUCUCUUUUUCUACUUGGUUUGAACAUCUGGAUUACUUUGGAUAUUCCCAUCAUCCGGUAAAAUUGUCAUGUCAACAGUACUUAAGAAAUGUAUUUGAGAAAAAUGUUUUUCAGUGCCUGUGAUUGGCUGACGACAUGUUGAGGUUGUACCCCGGCCAGCACUCCCGCAACCCUUGUGAGGAUCAGUGACUCAGAAACUGGAUGGAUUUUAAAUACUUGUUGUCAUCUGCUGUAUGUGCCAGCAUGAACUGAAUUUGAGUUGUUUUUAUUGUAUUCAUUAAUGAAUUUGAAAAAUAUUUUUUAAUUUGAAACAUUGGUUUGAAAAUCUGAAUCAUAAUUUGAAGUUGAAUCCAUUCGUUUGAACCUUGAUGAAGAGUUGGAACUCUUACCCUGCCCCCCACGACCAGAAUCCUGUACUGUAUUAAUAAACUUAAUCCCACACUCUCCAA